UUAGCUUCCUCCAUAAAAAAAACCCAGCCGGAAGUAGCUCAGGUGAAGCAUUAGAGAAGAUGUAUCUCCAGUUUUACAUCAAUGAGAUUGGUGACAAAGUUUACACCACUAAGAAAGAGUCACCACUGGGUUUGGCCACACAAUCUGCUCACCCAGCCCGCUUUUCGCCAGAUGAUAAAUUUUCAAGGCAAAGAGUGCUUCUGAAGAAGCGUUUUGGUUUGCUUCCUACCCAAAAACCAGCUCAAAAGUACUAGCCAUUUUUGGUCUCCAGUAUUGCUUUCCUACUCAUAGUUAUUAAGGCUUCUUUGUCUUGCGUAGAUGUGAAUCAUUAAGUUAUGUAUUGUAACUCAGAUUGCAUGUCAGCCACAUCUAGUGUUGAUGUUUUUGUUGGUUUAUUUGACUUGAUGGCGGAUGUAUGUUGUGGAAUUGUUUUCGUAAAUCUUAAGAGGAGGCGAAAGGUGCUUCGAAUUUGAUAUA